AUGGAUUACCGUAUGUUCUGCCUGUUGGCCAUCGCCCUCGUUGUCAGCUCUCUCAGCUCUGCAAAUGGACAGGCUGCACUAACUGAGGCCCAAUGCAACGUUCAAUCUGUUGCAAGAGUAAACUGCGGGGUGCCAGGUAUCACCGCUUCAGAGUGCUUCAACAAAGGAUGCUGCUUCGACAGCAGUAAUCCAGAUGCCAUCUGGUGCUACUAUGCCAAGCCAGAUGAUGCUUCCCCUGAGUGUUCCGUCUCACCCAAAGCUCGGAUAAACUGCGGUUACCCUCGUAUCUCCCCAGCUAUCUGCCGGGCCAAAGGCUGCUGCUUUGACUCCAGCGUUGCCGGGGUAGCAUGGUGCUUUGAACCGGCCCUGUUACAAGAUAGUCAUUAUCUGUUUCUGCUCCAAUUUACAGUGAUAGACAAGAAGGAAUGUGACAUCGCUCCAUUUAACAGAAGGGACUGUGGAUAUCCGCACAUCAGCAAGGAGGAGUGCAGCAACAGGAAAUGUUGCUAUGAUUCCAGCAUUCCCGGAAUGAACUGGUGCUUCUUUUCCAAGUCACAAGAUAAAGACCAGUGCAGUGUGGAGACCAAAGAGCGGCAGGACUGCGGCUAUCCCACAAUAAGCGCUAAGAUUUGCUAUCUCCGUGGAUGUUGUUUCGAUUCUAGCACUCCCGGGUCCAAAUGGUGCUUCAGGCCAAAAUACAAAGGGUGCGCCAUCAGCCACAAGAUGAGGAAGGACUGUGGUUAUCGCAACAUCAGCUCCAAGGACUGUCUCUCCAAAGGCUGCUGCUACGAUUCCAGCAUUCCCGAGACCAUCUGGUGCUUCUACGGAUAUAAAUAA